AUGUCGCCCGAUUACUACUAUCCACUGAAAAGGGCUGGCAUGUCCAGCGUCAGGUUGCUCGUUCCUCUGAUACUCAAGGUUAUCGGCCCACCUAGCUCCGCCCCGCCACCAGAGCCGUCAAUAUCCCUCACAUACACCCCUACAACUGGUAAACGCCGAAAGCCCCUACGCAUGAACAUCUACCUUCCCGCGGGCCACAGUCCCCAGAAGAGUAGCAAGUCCGCACGCUUACCCAUUCAUGUCAACGUACACGGGUCCGGGUUCUGCAUCAAGUCCUUCGGCCAAGACGCGGCGUUCUGCGCGUGGCUCGCGGACAGCGUCCCCUGUGUCGUUGUAGACAUCGACCACCGGAAGGCACCAGAGCACCCGUGGCCGACUGGACCCAGCGAUGUAAGGGAUGCGGUCGCCGCCGUGCGCGGGCAUGCGGACGUCUUUGGUUGGGAUAAAGAUAGGAUCAGCAUUGGAGGGUUCUCUUCCGGAGGUUGCUUAGCGCUCGUCGAGGCAGCUCGACCGCGUUUGGAAGGUGAACCCUCUGUAUGCGCCGUCAUAUCGUUCUAUCCCUCCACGAAUCUCGCCGAGCCUGCACAUCUCAAGCCACAGCUAAAGCCCGAUGAGGGUGCCGCAGGAGGAACGAUGCCCCCAUGGUUCCGGCGUUUCUUGUAUGCGUGCUACCUACCGAAGUCUAUCGUGCAUGACCCCGCAAAGUCGAAGAAAGCACCGAAGAUUGGGCAAGCAACGCGUUCGGAUCCAGGCAUCUCACCACUCGAAGCGCCGCCGGAGAACUUCCCUCCCACGACCAUCAUUACAUGCUCCAAGGACUCGCUCGCGCGCGAGGCCACUGUACUAGCGGUGAAGCUCACAGGUGCGGCAAGAGAUGUUGUGCACUGGGAAGCGGAGGGGCAAGGACACGAUUGGGAUCACAUGUGCACAGAAGGGUCACAUCCCGCCGCGCUGAAGUGGCAGGCGUACGAGCUCGUGGCUAAUCGCUUGCGAAGGGCAUAUGGCUUUUAUAAAGAGCCGCAUCGGUAG